UUCACAGGCAGACAGUCUGCGAUGGAGCUCCGCUUUGGACAGGUGCCGUUCACCGUGGCGCACAGACACGGCGGGAUGAACCAGCUCGGGGGGCUCUUCAUUAACGGACGUCCAUUACCUCACGUAGUGAGACAGCGCAUUGUGGAGCUCGCGCAGCAGGGCGUACGUCCGUGUGAGAUCUCCCGCUGCUUGCGCGUGAGUCAUGGCUGUGUCAGCAAAAUACUGACUAGGUUCAAUGAGACAGGAAGUGUCAGACCAGGAGCCAUCGGAGGUUCUAAGCCUAAGGUAGCCACUCCCAAAGUUGUGCAGACAAUCCUGCAUCUGAAACACUCAAACCCCACCAUGUUUGCCUGGGAGAUCAGAGACAGGCUGCUGCUGGAGCGAGUGUGCGAUCAGGACAGCGUUCCCAGUGUCAGCUCCAUCAACAGGGUCAUCAGAAACAAAGUCCAGUCAGAGUCUUGUGAACUUGCAUCCCCUGUUUCUGUGAGAAAUUAUUCCUCAAAGUCCACCCACUCCAUCAGUGGAAUUCUGGGAGUCAGGAAAUGCAGCAGAAUAAAUAAAGAAGGUGGCGAAGUCUCCUGUCGUGUUUAUGACAACCAACCAUGUUCCUGUAAUGACAUCUUUAGGUGGUCACAGCCUUGCCUUACCUCUUUCUCCAGCCUGCCAGCUAAUCACAAUCAAAUCCUCCAAGGGCCCUCAUGCUACUAUUGCUGAACAAGGAAGACGACAGUAAGAACACCAUCCCCUUAAAUGCUGCAAACAAGAUCUUAAAACUGCAAUUAAUGAAUUGUAAUGAUCUCAACAUGACUGACAACAAGGUAAAAACAUGUUUCAAUAAAACGAAGUGCCACAUUUCACCUUAUGGUGUUUUCUUUGC